AUGGACAGCCUAAGAACACCAUCAUCACCCAACAUCACAGACAAGUCUGACAUUACAUUUCACCCAAACAGCAGCCAGAUCGCAAAACGCUGCAAACAUGCUAAUGAAAGCGCCAGUAAAAAGCUCAAUCUAGAUAUGGAAAAAUUGACUUUGGAGGAGCAGAAAGCUUGCCAACGCAUGGAGAAAGAGCAGGAUCUACUAUGCCAAGAAUUCCUCGAGGCCAAGGACCAUCGGGAAAGCAGACGAAAGCUCUCAGACUCUUCCAAGCCUAGCUACGCUAAGCGCGUGCAGCGCUCAAAGACUGUGGAUUUCCGACAGGCCUACUCACCCCUCCGCGUAGCCACUAAAGGAGCCAGUUUUAUCUUCGACGAAUUCUCUCAGCGCAUUCAAGGAACACCCUCGUUCAGGACUACAGAGAGAGGCAGUGUCUCAUCAACUAGCCUAAGCUCCUUUCGUUCCACCUCAUCCAUCUUAAGCGAGCAGCAGCAACAUCAGAUGCCAGGACAGGGAGGGGACAGGGGGAUUCGGCGAAUAUCGCAUGAAGAGGCACAGCCUGACUGGCAGGUGGCUCUAGUAUUGAAACGAAGGCAAAAGUUAUCCCAAUUGCAGAAGUUUCGCGAGAUGGGACAUUGGGGUGAGGAUGGGUGUCAGAAGGCCACGGCUAUGCUCACGGGAUGUCCCUUCAACCCAGUUUCACCCAGCUCCACUGUAUUAUCAUAUGCUGGUGAAGUAGUUCCAAGCAAUGAAGAAGACACCACUGCCCUCUGA